AUGUCCGCCAAUUGGGAUGAUACUGGUUCGUUCUUUUCAUCUCCUAUAUUAUUUUUUAUAAUCAAGAAAAAUGGAUAUGAGCUCUAUUUUGUGACAGAUAGUGAGAAUGAGAACGUUGUUGUCGAGGAGAAGCCGGUGAUCCUGCCGCGUGCCAGGCAGCCUUCGAUUGCCAAAAGUUUGGAAAAGGUUCAUUUUUUCUCGAAGCUCUAAUGAUUAACGUUUUGAGGCUGCAAUUUUGGAGAGUUCCGUUCAUGGGUCUGUCAAAAAUGACGACGUAAGUUUUAAAUGGUCCUGUUAUGAAAAAAGAAUUCUCGAUGUUUCGUUUUUAAAAUUAGAGGUUCUUUUUAAAAAAUUUGUUCGAAUUAAUCAAUGAAUUGUAACUAUUUUUUUUUGCUUGAAUACUUUAAAAUUAAAAGAUCUUCAUCAAAAGUUUUUGUUAUUUAAAGGAUUGCUAGCAUAUUUGACUUUUUUGAAAUAAAGGUUAACAAAUCAUUCAUUUCUUGUAAUUUUUUUAUAGGCAGAUUCCCAGAACAGCCCAAUCUUAGCGAUAUAAGAAUAAAAGCUAGAAGUUGAUAAAUUCUGAGAAUCUUAGUUUGUAAACAAUUAUAAAGGAAUUUUUAUAUGGGGGGAAAAUAUGGAUAUACAUCACAACCGCUCGUUGCAGAUACUGUACCCAAUUGCUCAUACUAAUGUCGUAUCCAAAGAAAUUUCCGCGAAAUUCAAAAUUAUUUAUGACUCUUCAAAAUUUAGUUAUAUUUACCAUUCUCUGACGGUUUUUUUGAAUUUUGCGGAACUACUUUGAGCACGGAACAACGCAGAAAGAAGAAAAUUGAAAACGUUUUAGUCGGAUUCGGACGCUCUCUCCGUGGGAAGCGAGGAUUUAGACGAUAUGAUAGAUCUUGAAGCCGAGAUUCUAACUUUGGAUUUCGAUACGAUGACCAACAUGAAAAAGGUUCCAAGAUUUUGGUAAAUAUGUUAAUAAUGAGGGAGUUUUUUGCAGAUCAUAUCACAGUUCGAAUGUGAGUACCGGAAUAUUGUGUCGGAGUUCGCCGACGUCGAGAUUUUUCUGAUUUCCCUUGAUAGUUUGAUUAUCGAAUGCGCGGCUCAUAAAUACCACAAUUGGCAACUUGCUGGCCAGUCGAUAGUUCUCACUAAACAGGUUUCUAUUCAAUCCUUAUGUUGGUUCAAGUUAUAUUUAUCCGAUUUCAAGAAUUAUUUUUUUCUUUUGAUUUGAUUUCGUGUGUCAAUUAGUUUUUAUGAAAUUUGAGGUCCAAGCGGUUUGUGCCUAUUAAAUGUACUUUAAAUAGUAUUACAUCUAUGUAUACAGAUCGAAAUUUUUAAAGUUUUUUUGUAUAUAUUCAGGUAGAAAAUGACCAUAUAAAAAAUAAAAUAUUAGGCCCCUAUUUUUUUGGUUUGACGUUAUUUGUAAAUUUUCAAAAUUUUUGGACUUUCCUCGCGCUCAACUGCUUUUUCUCAGGUCGACCGGUUUCUGCAGCAGUUCGUGGACCUUGGCGGCAAGUUCAAGUUGGUGGUUUUCACUGACCUUGGCGCUCAAUUCGCCCGCGACACGAUCCUUUCAUUCGCGCGCGCGACUGUCGUCGCCCAUCUUGCCAGUGGCCCUUUCGCCAAGGUUGGCUUGAUACUUUUUUCUUUCUAUGAUAUUCUUCAGGAUCUCGUCUACUUUUCGAGCCCUGCCGAUCCCAAUUGGGCCAAGUAUCUUAUCGACUUGACGCCUUCUUUCUUGGUUCUUCGAAUUUUAACUUUGCUCACCAUGUUUGAUGAUUCCAGAUGAUUUCAACUGAUAAUGUUACUCGCGAAGUUUGUGCCCAGGAAGACAUUUGCUUUACGCCACAACUUGAAACCAUCGGUUUUUCUUUUUUCAGUUUUUUGCUUCUAUUCUUCUAUUUUUGCAGUGAUCGAUGUGCUUUCCCGAUCAAUUCCCAUUGUUCCGCUUUUUUCGAUUUCUGUCAAUUUCGUAUCGGUCGACGCGUUUUACAUCCAACCGCGACUGGUCGUCAAGCACAAUUGGGACAGUUUCGUGGCCGCCCACUGGGACUGCAACGGUAUCGUCUAUUAAUCAACAAGUUUACCAGCUUUGUCUCAGGUGAACUGCUACGAAACGCAAAGAAUCCGUCGGUGAGCGUCAAGGAGUACAAAAAUGCUGCUGAACUGUGGGCUAAGAUCAUCGCCGACGCCAAGGCCAGGUUUAUUAUUGAAAAGAGUAUAAAAAAAUAAAGCCGUAAAGGCUAAAACUUAUUUCAAAACCUGGAAAAAAUAACAGCAGCGUUCUUUCCAGGAAAGACAAAAAUUUUUCCGUUGGGAAAAUAUUUUUUUAGAUUUAUCUUAAAGUUUUUUUCCUUUUGUAAUUCCAAGGCUAAAGUUUAUAUCUUUAUAUGGAAAUUAAUGCAUUUGGUGGGAAGAUCCUACAAACUUUAUCAUUAUUUUUGAAAAAAUCUGCCAUUUAGUGGAUCGGGAUCCGAGAAUUUCGAAGCGCUUUGCUGCGCUGUUCUGCUUUCUGUGUUGGUUUGCGACCGACGCGGAGUUGAGCGAGUGUAUUUGAAAGAACGGGAGAACGUGAAACGGGGACUUGAUGUAAUCAGGGACCGACGACUUCUCCUCAACACUGCGGCCGCUCUCCUUGAAAAGGCCAACUUUGUGGUAAUCAAGAAGAAAAAAAGCUUUUCAAUUGAAGUUUUUCCAGGAUUCCAAGUUGAAGCUGGCUGAUUUCUGGGACGGCCGGAUGGUUUUCGGCAUCUUUGACGAGAUCUGCGCUAACGAACUGAUCCUGCCGUACAGACUCCAGGAGGAGUUCGCCAAGUUGCACCAAAAGGCCGGACUCUCGUUUCCCCUGGCUGUCGACACCAAUGAACGUCUUUUUGAACCGUCUCCGGAGGUGGCUGAACCCCUCACCUUUCACAAUAAAAUAAAAAAAUGAUUGUAGGCCAAAGAUCCGCUCACCCAGCUUCCUAUUCUUUACGAGUCGGAUUCGCCACUUUUCAAGCGAUUUGUUCCAGAAAUUGCUCGUCUUGAUUCUGGCAAAAAAGUCAAAGAAGGAGAGGUUCAAGGUAAUCAGAGGCCAUUAUUUGUUUGGAAAUGAAUGAGAUGCUUCUCCAAAUAUAUGUUUUUUGGGAUUCAAAAACUUUUGAAGAAAUUUUUAAUUGCAAUAAAUCUAGCAAAAAUAUUUUUUUUAUUAAAAACGCGUUAUUUUCAUAUUUUCGAAUGAGUAUAUUUAGACUACGCUGAGUACUUCCAAGAAACGAUGCAGUGGAAACUGAAACCGAUUGAAGAAGAAUUCGCGAAGCCUGAAGAGAAAAUCGAAGAUGUUUGGCAACGGAAAAGAGCCAACAAACAGCGUCAAUAUGCCAGCAGAUGGUCUUUUUUGUCUCUUUUCCUGUCUCUUAUCCAGCUUAUUUGAAGGUACGAAAUGUUCGCCAACUCUCUGGAAGGUCGUGGAUCGAAGCUUUUGGUCGAUUUCUCCCGGAUCCCCAAAGGUUUUGCGACGAGGGAUGACGACGAAAACGCAGGAGAUGAUAAGAAAAAGGGAGGAAAAGCUUGGGCUGGACAAAAAGGUAAACAAUUCUCGUCACCGCUAAGAAACUUUCUGCGAAAAUUGUGAAUUUCUUUCUGAAUAGUUUUUUCCUAUCAUUGCGAAUCUCCGAAUGACACACAGCGAUCAAAUCAAAAAAACAAUUUUGAUUUAAGUUCAGAGAAGGUUCGUGAAACAAAAAAAAAAGACACGUGGAUCCUAGGAAGAAGGAAAAUUCUUUUUUUUUUAACCUUCUCGGAUCGAAUAGUUCCGUCACAUAGUCCUAAUGUAAUGUCAAAAAAUAGUUUUUAAGAAAAUAAAAGAUGAUUAGGAAUGUAUAUUUGGGAAAGAUUCAUGUUAAAAACUUUUAUGGGUAAGUUUCUCGAACUCGAAUGCAGAUUUUUGUGAAAAAAAGCGUAAUUAACUUCCUAAAUAGAUCUUUUACUCGGAAAUUAUUCUAUUCCUUUUUUUCAAUUAAAUAUGUACCUUGGUUGAUUCAAACAAUUUUAGGCGGCGGUGGCGCUAAGAAAGGCAAGGAACCGGCAAAGUCCAAAAAAGACUUGAUUCUUGAAGCGAAUAAAAAGACGAAAGAUCUCAAGGUUUGAAAUUAAAACCAAGUUUUACUCUGCUUCAAUCAUCUUGUUGCAGAUCAUCGAGGGCGAGAAGGUCAAGAUCAAGUAUGGAACCCAACAAGGAAAAGACGUAAGAGUGUCUGAGGAGGUUCUGGAGACUGAACUUGAUCAUUCAGGCGAUCUCGUUCCUCGAGAAGCUCUACUCUUCUCUCGACCUUCCAGAAUCGCGAGCUCUUUGUGCCUUUGAAAUCACGAUCCGUGAAGCUCGUUAUCUCUUCGACCACCUUCAAGGAGCCAACAACAUGGAAGCGAGGUAAAAGAGAGAAAGAGAAAAUGGAGUUUUUUGAAAUAAAUAUCAACUUCUUUUUUUUUUCAUUUCUUACAGAUUUUCAUUCAAAAUUCGUGUUGGUUAACUAAAAAUUGUUAUUUAGUUUGUUUCCCUUAUCAGAUGAGUAAAUUAUCCCAAAAAAAAGCUUUUUGAAGCGUUUUUUAAAAAUCUAUUCAGUUUUUGUUGUUUUUUAAAGGAGAAACAAUGCGAUAAACUUGGUUGGACACUUGAAGAACUGUUUCGUGGAACACUGGCAGCAUUUGGAAGACAAGCAGAAGGACCAGGUCACGGAUCUGUGGGUCUCCCUCGGGUUCGACGCUCCCGCUGGCUCCAAGCCUUCGUCCGAAGCCAAGUCCAAAAAGCUUGACCUUGGCAUCAAUAUGAUCUACUACCAGCUACAGUAUGCCGGAGAACUGAUUGACAUCCAUUCGGACCCGAAAAAGGUUGAAAUUCGCUGAGUAAUGUGGAAAAUGAUGGUAAAUCCGUCUAGGACGACCGUGUCAGUGGAUUCGCUCCUGAUGCUUGGCAACGCCGGAUGCUGGACUCUGUUGACCGAGGUCUGCCCCCCAAUUCAUAUUUCUAGAGAAAAGUACGAAAUGACUUGUGACAGUUUUUCAAAAAGGAUUUAUUUCCACUUUUGAACAUGAUCAAAAACUGGUACAGAUGGCUUUUUGAGGUAUGUAUAUAUUAAAAUUCACAGAGAAUCUAGCCGGAAAAAGCUCUGAUUUAGCCUCGAGAACUUCAUAACCGGCAAAAUAAGGGUUCAUUAUUAAGAGAAUUUCAAAAUUUAUUUUCUUUUUUCUCAUUGUUACACUUCAAUCGCAACGUUUUCGGGAAUAUGUAACUUCUGCGUCCCUUUAUUUUCCUCAGAAACGCUUUCUUUUUAUUUUUAUGUUCUGCGGUUGCUGCGGUGAUAAAAAGGAGAGAAUGAGUUAUAUUACCUAAAUUUUGAAGAGAUGAAGCACCGUGUGAAAAUUUAUUCAGAAAAGAAGAGUAGUGAAAGUAAUGAUUUGAAGGUAACUCUGCGUUGAUCGUCGCGCCGACCUCCGCCGGUAAAACCUUCGUUUCGUAUUAUUGUAUCGAGAAAGUGCUGCGAUCGAGUGACGACGACGUUGUCGUGUACAUCUCGCCGUCCAAGGCUCUCAUCAACCAGGUCCCAAAAUAUUUCACAUUAAUACUUCCGCUCCAGGACGUAGGAAAGAAAAGUGUCGAAAUCUCUUUAAAAGUUUAAAAAAAAAUGUUUUUCGAAUGUAUAUAGCUCCUGGCACAUUUUUGCUAGAUUUCCAUUUGUCUUUUUAGGUUUGCGGAUCGGUCUACGCUCGUUUCCGUCAGAAGUCGAUGACUCGAGGCCAAUCCUUGUUUGGAACUCUCACUCCGGACUACGGCCAGAGUCCCCUCAACUGCCAGGUUUCGGACCGUCUUUCGGGAAUACAUCGAAGAGUUUGAUGUUCAGGUCCUCGUCACCGUCCCUGAGUCAUUCCAAGAGCUUCUGCUCUCGAGGACGCCGGCCGUUCAAGAGUUUGUCUCUCACAUCAAAUACGUCGUUUUCGACGAAGUUCACUCGAUCGGGUCCGCCUUCCAUCCUCACCGUUGAAACCAGUUUUUGUUUUUCAGUGCUUCCGAGAUCUCGCACAUCUGGGAACAGCUUCUGCUUCUGAUCCAGUGUCCUUUCUUGGCCUUGUCCGCCACCAUCGGCAACGCCAACAAACUCCAUCAAUGGCUUAACGACAGCGAGGUGGCCAAAAGCGGCGGCAAGAGAAAAGUGAGAAAAGCCAGAAAUUUUGGAAGGUUCUGUUUCUUGUUCAGGUCGACUUGAUCGUUUAUGGAGAAAGGUAUUCCGAAUUGGAGUUGUCCAUCCUCAAUAUCGACAAGCCGAAAGCUCUCAACGCCAUCGAAGGUUUUCCACUUUUUUUUCUUCUGAUAGAUGAUUUAUUUUUAAAAAAAUAUCCCAAGAUUUCCUAUUUUCAUUUUAUUUCAAAGAAGACUGUCUUUAAAGGCUUUUUUUGGUUUGAGCUAGUUUUUGUAGGAGAUGAGAUGUUAAAUAGUAUACUGUCUCUUUGAUUACCCAUGAAAUCAUUUUUGUUGAUAUUUAUGGAAUGUAUAAAACUGUAUAAAAGUGUAUAAAACUUGACCUCAGAAUCUGAGCUUUUCUAUUAGAACUAAAUAAGAGGUUCACAAAUAUAAUUUUUUUGUUUAACAAAAAAACAACAUAAUUAAUAUAAAAAAACGUCUUUUUUUCACAGCAAAGAUUUUUAUUCACCUUUUUCUUGAAAUUCUAAAUUAAAUGUUUAUGAAGCUCAAUUGACUAGAGAUAGAGGUACCAUAUCUUAGGAUUAGUGAAAAAAACUUUUGUAGGAGAGGAGGCGAACGAAGCAAAGGAAAAGAAGGAGACGAGUGACGUCAUACAGCCGCUGAUGCCCUACGGCGUCUACAUGCCGGAGAAACUGCGGAUGUUCUCGAUUCCGGAUGAUCAGCAACUAACAGCUCGUCAGAUUCUGCACCUCUACUCCAUGUUGGCUGACGUCGACGAAAAGUCCAAGUUUGUCGAGAACAAAAGUAUUUUGAAAAUAUUGUUUCAUUCAGAAAAGAGUUUGAGCCGUGCCGUUUCUUUGGACUGAAGCCCAACCAAAACGUUUGGAUUUCUCGUGAAAACCUUCGAAAUCUUGAAAAUAAACUCAAAGAGAGGUUCUUGGAAUGGCUCGAAGGUGAUGAGAAAAAACUGAAGACGGUUAGUUUUUUUGAACACAUUUUCUUUAAAAGGUUGCAUUUUUACAGAUUCUUUCAAGCAUUUCCAAACCGGUGGAUAAGCAAUUGGAAUAUCGCGCGGUUCCUUUCAACAUGGUAAUUUCUUUCCCUUUUCAUCUCGAUCAACUCGAUCGAUACAGGAAGAAGUCGCCUCGGACUACAUCACCCCGAUGGUCGACGAACUCCGUCAGAAAAACAUGCUGCCGGCGAUUUGCUUCAACGACGCACGACAUGUCUGCGAAACGAUGGCGCUCCGACUUUGCGAAGAAUUGGAGAAAAGAGAAGAAGUGAGCCGCGCGCACAGUUCAUGUGUAAACCUUUUUGAUACCAGGAAUUCGUGAGCACGGCCGAUUUCAAAGCAAAGUACGCCAUGAAAGACGAGGAGAAGCUUCUGAAGCUUGCAAAGAGGAAACGUGAUGCGGCUGACAAAAAGAAAAAAGUACAGAGCUUUUCCAUUGGAAGAAAAUAAUUGUAUUCAGUCGGACAGAGAGCAUCGCGACGAAGACGCGGGCGCCGACGGCGACGACGACUCGAUGGGCGACGCCCUGGCCUCGCAGAAGGCCCGAAUCGCCCAAGUUCUCGAGCAGUUCAAAGUGAAAGGACGUCGCGGCGACCCCGACGUUUACACCAAGAUGGUCGAGCGUAUGCAGAGAAACGCCAAGAGUCGCGAGAGCACAAAGUUUGCCUUUGCCUUUUCUUUUUUCCUACUUUCGUAGAGUAAAAUGAGCGUCGGAAAGGGCCAGUCAUCAGGUGAUACAGCCAACAAAAAAAAUCUUCAAAAAAAAAAAAAAUGAAUACGCUAAGAAUAACUGACAAGAUAAACGCGAGGUCGGUGGCGGUACAUUGACGAACUCGCAAAAAUGUCGCCUUUUUCUAGGCGCGAUCUCGCAUUUUUCUGGGCGCCAGCUCGCACUUUUCUAGGCGCGACCUCGCAUUUGUCUUGCAUUUCGGAAAUUUUCAGAUUGCGAGAGAAAUGCGAGCUCGCGCCUAGAAAAGUGCGAGCUGGCGCCCAGAAAAAUGCGAGACCGGCGCGAGAAAAAACGCGAGAUGUUUGCGAGCUCGUCAAUGUACCGCCAGCGUCUCGCGUUUAUCUCGGCAGUUAUUCUUAGUGUAAAACCGGAUAUUUUUUGACGUAGAGUGCUCGUCAAAUUUGUAAAUAAUGCUCUGUUUUACCUGUUUUCCAUGUUUUUCUAUUUAUCUUCAUCAUAAUUACAUUAUCCAUUCAUUUUAUUUUAUUCAAACACUACAGAGAAAAAAAAUAAAGCUUGUUUCCCUUUCAGAUUGUUACUGCGACUUUUUGAGCGCGGAAUCGGUUUCCAUCACGGCGGUUUGAACAUGGUUGAGAAGGGAGCUGUAGAAGUUCUUUUCCGAGAAGGACACCUCGGAAUCAUUUUCUCCACUUCGACUUUAGCUCUCGGGUAAUUCUUCAUUAAAACUCCUUCUGUACCCCCUUCUUCUUCUCAGAGUGAACAUGCCUUGCAAAUCCGUCAUCUUCGGCGUCGACACACCGAUGCUCACCCCGCUUCUCUACCGCCAAAUGUCGGGUCGUGCUGGACGACGAGGCUUCGAUCAUUCUGGAACCGUCAUUUUCAUGGCUGUCCCCACUAGGUUUCACACACUCCUCAUUCAACAAACUUCUUGAUUUCCAGCAAAAUGCGUCGACUUUUGACGGCUUCUUUGUCCAACUUGCAAGGAAAUCCGCCCUUCACGGUCACCUUCCUGCUACGGCUUCUGGCGUAUGUGCACCAGAAAGACGUCAAGGACUCUGUUGGCCAGCCCAUCACCAAUAUCAAGCAGAGAGCUCAUGUUGGUCAUCAGAAGCCUUGGCAUCAACCGACCUUGUUUUCCAGACGGCCAUGUCUCUUCUGAACCAUUCUUUCUCGUUGGUAACUCGUCGCGAGGCACAGGAAGGCCAUUUGCCUGUCCAACUUCGGAUGUUCUCCGCCUUCGCUCUGCAGCUGCUCCGACAUUUGCAACUCGUCACGCCAUUUGUUCGUUUCUAAAUGGAGUCUCAGUCGUUUUCAUUUUUUUCAGGGUGCUGCCAAAAAUUUGGCUGAACUGGCGAUGCAUCUGCAAGCCGGAGAAUCUGGAACAUUGCUUUUCAUCUACCUUCUUCAAAAAGGAUGCUUCCAUCGAUUGGUUAAGGUGAGAAUGAUUUGAUGAGGUUCAGGAAUGUGCGACUUUUUUUUAUGCAAUAAAAAUUUAACUUCUGCAACAAAAAAUCGUAGGCCGCUGGUGGACCAGAAAAAGCGAAGAAAACCAUGCUGCUCGUUUUGGCGAAUCUGUUCACGACACGUCGCAUGUCGGCUUCUUACAACCCAGACGAAAAGACAGGCCAAGAGGGCAAUCUGCAAGUCGAAUUGUCUUCUAGGACAGACGUCCAUUCAUCUUCUUAAGGUUGUUCUGUCCGGCUUGCCUUCGGAGCUCCAACAACACGCCAAGGAGUACAACCAACUGGUAACAGGCAUCUACAAGAAAUGUCUUGCCGCUGCGUCCAAGGAUGGUAAUCUUGUUGUGAGUUGUGCAAGUUUUUAUUUUAUUUUUUCGGAGUAAUUAAGUAUUGAAAAAUAAACGGAGCUUGUUUUUUCAUUCAGCAUCUUUUUGAAAUUGCUAAUUUGGAAGACAUCUCUUUUUGCUCAGGAUCCUGUUUUCCGAGCCACGGGUCUGAUCAGCGAUGAUUCGUUCUCCAUUUCCUCUCAGCAUCUGGUGUCGCCAGUUUACGAAGGCUACUCCCACGACGAGUCUUUCCUACCGGUUCUCGACUUUGACCGCAGAGAUCAUCGCGGACGCAAGGUUCAGCCGUUCCAGCCCUGCUUCAAUCAUUUCUUUCCAUCGUUCCAGAUCUACCUGAACGCUUUCGCCAUCGAUUUCUUCACUCAUGGCAGUCGCGAGCUUUUGAGGACGGUCAACGACUUGCCUAUUUCCCAAAUGUGGUUCGCCGUCCACGACUUUGUGGUGAGCGAUUUUUCUACUUCAAAAAUGUUCAAUGAAAUUACACGGAAAGUCUAAAAAAUUUUUCUUUUUCGAGGAGACUCAAACUAUGAAAUUUCUGUUGUAUAGUCAAUGUUUCCCGACUUGAAAGGCGAGAGAGGCGGGGCAAGGGGCGAGACGCGUAGCGUGUGCGCAUGCGGCUCUUGGCACGAGUUCAACUCAACCGCCAGCGACUGUUUGGAGAGCUCGUUUUUCGCUCUUUUCAUUCCUUUUCCAAUUAUUUAUUGAUUUUGUUCAUGUGUGCAUCACGCUUCGCGUCCCGCCCCUUGCCCCGCCUCCCUUUCAAGUCGGAAAACAUUGACUAUAGUUUCUCUAAAUUCAUAAAAGUAAAAAAAAACUGAAAAAAAAUCCGGGCAGAAAAAAGGAGGACUGAAACGUUUUUGAUUGAUUUUAAAAUGAACUCGACAGGUGAUCCUGCAACGUCUCUCUGCGGGAAUGGAGGCUGUGGCUCGUCCUCAAGACGCCGUUGCGGCCGCGAUUAAGGAGCUUUUCAUCGAGUACGACGACAAGUUCCGCAGCGUCUUCGGCAUGAGAUCUCGCGAUUAA